AUGCGAUUGGCAGCGGUGUCGACGGUGGUAGCGAUGGGUGGAGGAGCAAAGUUUAAGGGGACGCAUGAUAGAGAGAUGAAGCUGACGGAGAUGAUAGAGAAGAAGGUGACGGAAGCGAAGGAGGUGUGCGCCGGUCAUGAAGGCUCCGAUGAAUGUAAGGUGGCGUGGGACGAGGUAGAAGAGAUUAGUCAGGCGAAAGCUCAUCUCAGAGUGAAGUUGGAGCAUGAAGAAGAUCCUCUUGAGUCGUUUUGCUCUGGAAAUCCAGAAACGGACGAGUGUAGCAUUUACGACGAUUGA